CCUCUGGAAUGUCUAGCUUUUCUUGUCAGACAAAAACAAGAAAAAUAAAAUCACAUUUAGUAAUCAAAGUUUUUUUUUUUUUUCCAAAAGGGUUUCCUAUUUAAGAACUCGAGUGUUUUCCAUGUUCAGCUACCUAAGCCUCUCUUCUCUCUCUACAUACAAUCAUAUAAACAUGGAGUCUGCUCAAGAAAAUGAAGAUUGCCACAGUAGUGAGUCCGGGUGGACAAUGUACAUCGGGUCACCCGCGCAUGACGAUGACGACGACGACGACGAUGGGAAUACUAGCAAGUCGAUCGACGAAGAAGAUGAAGAAGAUGAAGGCGAUGAUGAAGACGGUAGUGGCAACAAUAAGAACAAGAAUGGUCAUCAGGAAGACGAAGAGACCGAUGAUUCCAUGGCUUCCGACGCGUCCUCGGGUCCAAGCUAUUACCGGGAACUGAAUGUGCCGAGGGGUGGUGAGUGUAGCUCCAGACACAAGAAGGCCUCCCAGGUCCAGGAGGAGGUUUCUAAGAGGAGUAGAGGCGACGAAAGGAGGAGACCAGCGAAGGAGGAAGCCGAUCGGAGCGAGACGGGUAGCAAGGUGAGGAAGAACUGGAAGUUUCAGAUGGGCAAGAGGAAGUAGAGAGGGACAAGACGAGUUUUUGGUUAUUUGAAUAUUUUCUUCGUAACUGAGAUUAUAUAAAGAUGGAAACUCACCUAGAGUACUCUUUUUUUUUUUUUUAGAACUAAAUGGGAAUCGAUGCCGAGGUUGUUAAUUAAUUUUUCUUUUUUGAUAAGCAGAAGUUGUUAAUUACUUUAAUUAUGGGUUCUUUUCUUUCAGCUUUAGGAGUUCAAAAUAUAAUUGGAGGUCCAUUUGUUUAAGAGCUUAUUCUUACAAUGAAUUUCCAGGCCAUCUUGAGUUUGGCCAAAGAAGA